AUGAAGCUCAGUGUGGCGUUGUUUUUUGCAGGGCUCUUUGGGGCUCUUGCUGCUGUCUUCAUCCUGCUCUCUUUUGGAACUGAUUAUUGGCUUCUGGCCUCAGAGACCUGCAACCCAAACCCUGGAGGAGCUGUCAGCCCGGAUGGUGUAACCAUAGAGCGUGGAGAUGUGGUGUUACAGGAUGCAGCCAGUGAAACCAGUGAUGUCACGUUGUACCAUGAGGGGUUUUUCUGGAAGUGUUCGUUUGGAGGCAGUGAGGAUGAUGCCGACCUACUGUGGAAGCUCUGGUUCACAAAUCAGCCCCACUCCAAAGUUUGCACCCACGCCUACCUCUUCCCCUUCCCCCUGUCUCAACAGCCCAACAAUGCAACAGAAUAUGACACUGCUAUAAUCUACAGAGGCUUCUGGAGCAUCUUCAUGCUGAUCGGUGUGGCAGCUGUGGUGCUUGGUGGGUUCUUUAUUAUCUGUGCUGCUCCGUUCGCCAGUCACCGUCUGUACAAAGCCGGAGGAGGCUUCUUCUUGACAUCAGCUCUGUUCCUGCUGUGUGUGGUGGUGAUGUACGUCCUGUGGCUGCAGGUGUUGGAUGUUGUGGAUCUGUACGUACAACACCAGCGCGCCACAGUGUGUCCAAACUUCCAGCUGUCCAUCCACUACGGACUAUCCUUCAUGUUCGCCCCUGUUGGCAUCUUCUUCUGCCUAUUGGCCGGCCUUCUUUUCCUCCUCAUUGGCAGAACCAUUCGGAUUCACUGCCACUAACUUUAUCCAGGUUAGAGGAACAGUGGGGGCUGUGGAUGAGGUUUUCUGUUCGUCCAAUGUAGUGUUGAUAUUUUGCCCAUUUUGUCUGCACUAUAAUAGCAGAGCUCUGUAGAUUUUGUAUGGUUGCUCCGUGGAACAACAAAUCCGCUGACCGUUUUGAACUUUUUGCCGCAGGAAUCAAACUGUUUUGUUCUUGUCAUAAGCAAUAAAUCAAAUUCUCAGCACACCUACAGUAAAAAUAAUAAUCUGUGGUGCCUUUCACUUCAGUUUGUAUAUGCUUGUGAGGGCUCUUGGUGUGUUCCUGCAAUUCACAAUCACCAGCAUUUAAAUUAUGAUGAAUAGAAUGAUAUCAGCUGAAACAAUUUAAUGUCUGCAAAAUUAAAAAAAAGUAUCCUGUGAGGAGUUUAUGGUUGCAUGAUUAUUUUUAUAUUAUGUAUAUACAAUAAUGGAGUGAGUGUUCGGCAAACA